CACCGCGCGAUGACGCCCGCGCGGCGCUCGCCGUCCGCGCUGAUGACGAUGGCGCCGCUGGUACUGGUCGCCCUCCUGAUCCUCGGCGUGACGCUGCCUCACGUCAAUGGCGAAUGCUCCUUCAACUUCAAUGACUGCAUGGAGCUUUACCAGCUGGAAAUAAAUAACAGCGACAUUUAUAUUGUCGGCAGCGACACUGUCUUCAACAGGGUGUACUGUUACAACAACGCCACAGCCUCUGAGGGAGGCGGUUGGACCGGCGUGCUGUGGCAAAAUCAGACCGGCCUCGAGACAUCCUGGGACACCGCCACGGACGCCACCGGCUCCGGCUCUCUGUACGGAAACUUCUGGAUAGGCACCACGGCCCUGGCGCAGAUGACUGAUGUCAACAUGACACUAGUGAUCAGAGCCAAUGACACACAGGGAAACUGGAAAGUCGGUCUGUUCGAGUUGUUCCGAAUUGAAGGAGUAACUUUGUCGUUAUCCAUGACGUACAAAGACGGCAAUAUCGGUCUUGAGAAGAGCGUGUACGACGGAGUUCGGAUGACCGGCCCCUGUCUCGGCUACUGGUGGCUCCCCGAGUGUGAGCCGGUGCAGACAACGGAUGACGCUGCAGGGACAAGCACGACCGCGCCGUUGAGUUCAGUGGAAAUGAGCAUACGCCCGACUGUUAACGAUAGCCAGCUGGCCUGUCCACCGCUGCACCCUUUCCCCGCCGACGCAGCGAGCAGCCUGAACAUGACGGUGCGCUACAGUCGAUACUGGCGCGGCCCGGGCGGCACGGUGGAGGUGGCCUGCAGCAACCCCGGCGAGAUUCUCCUGUGGAACACACAGCAGGCUAAUCUGCUCAUGUCUGGUGAAGAUGCGAGCACAGUGCCGAACAGUCAAAUAUUUACCUGUAAGCUGGCCUCUGGCACCCACGCCUGGGAACCGAGCGUGACAGAGGCGCUCGACGGCGGGCCCCGCUGCAUCGUGCCUUGCGAUGCGGGCUACGGCUCAAACCUAGAAUCUGGCGACCGGCAAGCCUGUCUGAAAUUCGUCGCCAUCCAGGAGGCGACCAGCCUGCAGAAGGCGUGGGAGGUGUGUCUGCGCGAGGGCGCCUCUCUGGCUAACCCCUUCCUCACCAACAGCACGCUACAGACCUUUCGGCAGGUGGCCGCCCAGCAGAGCGUCUUCACCAGCGUCGAUAGACGGAACGGUAUUGUGGCUGCCGGACUCGUCAACGACACUCUAAUCCCGACCUCUGCGACCGGUACAAACGACUGCCUCUUCUUCGCCGGCGGCGAGUUCGUCUCUCAGCCCUGUUUUCCGAUUGAGCCGGUCGCCACCACGGGAGUCGUCUGCCAAAAGCCAAGACGGUGCCCGCCCAACUUUGUCCUCCACGACGUCUGGGGCUGCUACGCUACCAUUGUGGUGACGAAAGACACCGCACCCAUGACGCCUGAGGAUGCCAGUCGUCAAUGUGCCACCGAGUUGGGUGCAGCGCUGCCGCCGGCCACUGGCGGCGAGGGGCUGACUAUGCCCUAUAUUAGCACCGUGAACCGACGUGCCGACAACGUCACCUGGCGCGACUCUGACGGCACUACCGUGCAGGAGAUUCAGCUGGCAACCGACGAUGACGUCACCAAACAGUGUCUGCUGGUCAGCCCGACGACGUCCGUGGGCGAGACGGCGGCCGUCGCGUGCGACGCCGCUCUGGAGAUCACCGCAAUCGGACCGUCAGUGCUCUGCGUCUAUCCCAGGCGCACGGACUGCUACUCGAAUCCCGUGCUACCGGCGGGCACCACGGCUCCUCAGAGCCUCGCUCUGAACACGACAGUCGACGCCAGCUGUACAGCCGGUCUGAUGUUCAACGUGACCAAACAGUCAGCGGCCGUGGUGACCUGUCACGGCGCCCUGGGCAACUGGCUGCCCGCAAAGCUGGGGGAGUGUGUGACUAAGUGCGGCUCUCCACCGGCCGCCCCGGCCAACUCUGUCAGGACCCCUGUCGAGGCGAGCAAUCAGACCUCGUACACGUAUACGUGCGCAGCCGGUCUGUUGACACCCGAUGGUGCACCCGAGUCGACCAUUGCCUGCCAGGACACGGGCCUGUACGAACCUCUUCUGCCGGCCAACUGCACACAGUGUGCCGGCUUCCCCUCCCUCGACGAGACGCUGGUGCUGGCCGAGACGCCGACAGGCGGCUCUCAGGGCCAGACUGUGACGGUUACCUGUUCAGCCAACAUGACCACGGCUGAGGGUCAGACCAGCCAGACGGUCACCUGCGGCCCCACCGGGUGGACACCGGCCGUCCUUAGCCCGUGUAACGUAUGUGUCAACCUGCCUUCCGUGGACAACACUUCAGUCACGGUACAGAUGCCGCCUGCCAGCACUCUGGGUAACGUCAUCAUCUACAGCUGUCCGGCCGGCAAGGCCUUCGAAACGGGCAACAGGAUCACCAGCGCCGUCUGCAUGCCCGACGGCUGGUUCUCCUGCCACACCUUCCACAACUGCUCCAUGUGCGUGGCAGAGCCCCCGGCGCCACUUGCCAACAUGAACCGAACAUGGAGCGCCUCGAACCAGACUGCCAACUACACCUGCAUCGCUCCGCUGUCCCUGGACGGAGAGAACGCCACCCAGACUCUGGGCUGUGAGCUGCAGGGAUGGGAGAGCUCGCUCCUACCCUGCGACAAGUGCCCUGAACCCAGUGCCAACGUCACUGGCUACACAGUCACCUGGGAGGGCGUGCUGCUCGACAACAGCACCCUGACCAUGACCUGCCCGGCCGGCAAGCUGCACAGCAACCUCACGGAUGUCCAGGUGUUCCCGUGUACCGCGGACGGGUGGCAAGCCGACAGCCCUCUGCCCUGUGAUCGAUGCGUCGCUCCCGUGGCCAGCCCGGAGUCGAACGCGGUGCCCGUGUCCACGGAGCCUGGGGUCCAGGAGGGCAGCACCGUGACGUUCAACUGUACGGACGGCCUGGCCACCGAGGAGGGACGGACCACCUUCACAGAGACGUGCCAGCCGGCAGGAUGGAGCGUCACAACUAAUUGCUCCCACUGCCAGGGUGACCCGCCGGCCCAAAACCUCUCAGCCUCUCGGGAUUGGUCUGGUGACCGGGCCAUUGGUGCCGUGGCCAACUACACGUGCACCAGUGGUGUCCAGGCACUGGUGACGUGCGGAGCCGCCGGCUGGGACAGCGCCGCCGACCCCUGCGACACGAUGCCCAUGCACUGCUCCGACCCGCCGGUGGACACAUACAACGGCACAGCUCCUGAGGACACCGGUAAGGGCACCGAGCCGAACCGGACAGCCACCUACCGGUGUCUGAACGGGGUGACGACGGUGCUGCGCUGUCUGGAGGACGGCACCUGGAGUACCGAUCAGACACCCUGCGCCGCCGCCGUCAGUGAGUGA